CAUAAACACCCUUCUUGUCAAGUGCAUGUCCAAAGCGAACCAAAAAUUGGUAUCAAUACUCGUUUUGGUUUACAUUCGUUAUCAUGGCUAAAGACAAACCACUUUGGUAUCACGGAAGUAUAACGGCAGACGAGGCCACGAGAAUUUUAACGAAAAUCAGAGAACCUGGUGCCUUUCUCCUCCGUGAUAGUCAGAGUACGGAAGGAGCGUUUACCCUGUCUGUGUCGUGGUACGUGCUCUUUGAAUACACUUCAUUCUUGUAAAGCAUGUUAGAUAUAACAUACAAAAUACUUAUCUGAACAAUUGAAGGGCGAAAUUAAGCCAGACUUAAGCAAAUAUUCCACGUUUUGCUUGCUGUCUAGUUAAAAAAUCCAUGCUGAGCGGAAGUAAAUAUAAGUCAGUCAAAUUGAAGUAUCAAAUGAGCGGCGAUCAAUGCUGAUAUCGCUCGGUGAAUUGACACGUGUGCAUGAAUACGAGCCAAUGACAAUUUGUCAAGGUAGAUUUAGACUUUGAAUGGCACAACACUCACAACGAAAUGUUUGGCGAGAAAUGCAUUGCGACACGACUAAAUAUUUCGACAUUAACAUUCAUAUGGAUGAUUGCACAUGGCCAAUCAACUCGUUAUACUUUCUUGCAUUCACUGUGACUCCUGUGAGUACUGAGUAGAACAAAUUCUUGAGCCUCAUUUAAAGUGCCUAUGACACGAAAUUUCACCCCGGCCAAAGGUUUAUGGUUGCAUUGUAAAGAUCACUUAAAAUGACUUAAUAGUUUCUUUUAUAGAAUUUUGGUAACUUGCUCCCUUUUCAAGAUAUUCAACUUUGUUUCAUAUGCAAAUAUCACCGGUGUGACAUCACAUCACAUCACAUCACAUCACAUCACAUCACAUCACAUCACAUAAUGAGUUUGCAGAAAAGUAUAGUUUCCUUGACGAAUACGUAUCUAAAAAACUUAAAAAUUGCCAUUGUAUAUGUAUUAAUUGCAUAACUGGUAAUUAUAAACCCUCUGUAUUAAUUUUGUUUGUAAAAAUAUUUUAUCAAGGUAAAAUAUUGCGUUUUCAAAAUGUCAUUAUGCGAUGUGAUGUCACACUGGUGAUAUUUGCAUAUGAAACAAAGUUGAAUAUCUUGCAAAGGAAUCAAGUUACCAAAAUUCUAUAAAAGAAAUUAUUAAGUCAUUUUAAGUCAUCUUUACAAUGCAAUUAUAAACAUUUGCAAUUUCGUGUCAUAGGCAGUUUAACAUUCGAAUUAAAUAUUCACAUUUCGUUCAGAAAAAGAUAAAAGUGUUCAGUCAACAAUAAAUUUGACAUGUUACUUUUCAUGAUCACUUUACAGUAUAAUGAUUUCGUCGAAACCAUAUUAUCACCUCUGACAAAACACUACACGAUUGAGGAAGGGUUUUGUAGAUGGAACUAAUUUCGAGUGUAAAUUUUAUACAUUUACUAACCAAGAGCAGUUUGAAAAAUACAAUUAUAGGCCCUCUGGCAGGAAUCCAACUGAGCUACAGCUAGAAGCCUGUUGUCGAGCUCUAACCGCAAGUUCUUGUGUAAAUACUAACUAGAUGCCAGAGGGUAAAUAUUAAGAGUGCACUUUGCAUCUCACGCGAUUGAAUACUAGUUAGAGGCUAGCCUCCUCCGCAGGCCUCUCUAUGGGCUUUAGCCUGCAAAUGGGUUUUGAAAACAUUUUCUCACCACCCGAUUCCUCAGGUGAGAUGCUUGCGGAGGAGGCUAGUUAGAGGCUGUGGUAGAUGGAAAUUAUCGAGUGGAAAUUCGACUGGACUCUGUAGCUCAGUUGGUUAGAGCGCUGCUCCGGAAUCGCAGGGCCGCAGGUUCGACUCCUAGGGCUAGGGACCUUUGCAUUUUUCGCAACCGUUCCUGGUCUAAUAAAUGUAUAUUUCGCAUGCGCUUACAAAACCACUGCGGUUCAUGCAUCGCAUAAAAACACGGAAAAUUACAGAAACCUCUGCAAAGGCCUGCUAGUUCAACGUUGCAUGCAUACGCCGAAAACGGCCGAACCUGCAAUACGAAUGAGCUUAAAGGGAUAUGGCAGUAAAAAUUAACUUUGUCUUAUUUUAAAGAACUUUUAAAGUUAUAUAUGCAUGAAGACCUUUUGCAACUUUUUCGUAACUUGCUUGGUUUGACCAAAAACAGUGUGCAGUCCGCCAUCUUGCCUCUUGGUAUCAUAAUUGACCUAAUUAACUGAGUUUUUGAUGACGUCAAAAGCAGGGUAAACUUGUUAAUAAAAACUUCUUCAUGUGGGACUAAAUUUCUUCGAAAAGAUUCUUAAAAUGUUCUGAGUUAAUUGAGUACUUAUAAAAGAUUUUGGAAAAUCGAGUUUCAUAUUGGUAAUGACAUGUAGUUCGCGAGAUAAAAAUUUCCCUUUUUCCCUGCUUGUGACGUAUGCAUAUCGAAUGCAUGUCCAAGAUGGCGGAAUGUGUCACGAGUGUGGGACAUCAAACUAUUGCCAGAGCGCUCAAACUGCAAGCAGUGAGCGUGCGCACAAUGCGUAAGCGGCAAUGGCUCAUCCUGUAGGGCGCUCAUUAUGACCUGAAGGCCAUAGAGCGAUAUCUAACUACAGACGGUACCGUUUCGGCCUUUUGGGCCUAAUCAGUGUAGUGCUGAUGAGCAGGAUGAAGGUAACUACUUGGCAGACUAAUAGUCAUUCAUGAAGACUGUUUGAUGCAGAACAAGUUUGUUUGUAUGGGUAAUAGGAUAAUUUCGAGUGCACUUUGUCUUUGGAUAAAUAAGCACGAGUCCGAAGGACGAGUGCUAUUGGAGGUCUUUGGAAAAUUCACGAGUGCUUGUUUUAUCCAAAUUUCACGAGAAACUAUCCUAUUACGUAUUAAUACUAUACAUCAAAACUGAUUCGAGACAAUUGUGUAGUUUUAAUUUACGUUGAUUCAGCGAACCGUCCUCCACUGACAAAGUUUCCUCUUUUCUUAGAUCACAUUUUACAAUGCUAACAGCUUGAAAAUUUUAUUCAACUGUAUGCAAGUUUUGUUAGUGUUGUUUAAGUUAAAGUCUUUUCCAUUUUGAAAAAAAGAUAAAAGCCACAUUUUCCACUUGAACACAAAAACGUUUACUUUAUGUAGCACGUAUUAUAAUUUGUUUAAAUGCUUAAAUCAUAUGUAGUUCCGUUGAAGAAGCUGGAAAUUUUGUCGAUGUUCAAAAUUACAGAAUUGUGAAUUAUCGAAACAAGGUAAAUUUGCUUUCACAUUUUUUACAUUGGUAUUGCCAAAAAUCCCUUUUAUAAUUAGGUUUGAAAGUUUGAAAACUUUUAUGAAACUUAUAUUAAUUUAAAAUAAUUAUAUUAUAAUAGCUUGCAUGCAUGGCACAGCAUAAGCUUACAAUAGUUGAAAUAGUUCCAUUAUUCACAGCAGGCAUGAUGAUGUGUAUACAAGAAUGCAUAUUAAAAUUUACACUCGAAAUCUCCAUGUACAAAAACCCUUCAAUAGUUAGUUCUAUCACGCGCCCCAAAUCCAUGCAGUAUUUAUUUACUUUACCCUUUUAAGGUUGGCUUACACUAUCAAAGUUUCUGUGAUCGCAGUAGGAUUUUUCGGCAUAGGUGAUUCUAAGUUCUGAUUUGUAAGAAUCUCUGAGGGAACCGACUCAUUGUUUAAUUAAUACGGAGUCAGUUCCCUGGAAUAUUUGGCUUAGAACUUAGAAUUUAUACCUAUGAAACAUGCCUGCAUGCUGGAUGUGUCACUGAUCACAGAAACUUUCAAAGUGUAAAGUUUACAUUGACUAACUAAACGUGUGAAUAAUGGCAAUUUCCAAUUUUCAACGAUGACCAAAUAUUAAGGCCCGUUUACACUUGCGCAAUUUAUGCUGCAAUUUCUAGUACGAUUUUCUUCUUUUAAUGCAUGUGAACAUGCAAGUAGAUGAGUUAUGAAUGAUCUGAGUUUUUGUACCUUCAUCUGAACAUUCAUAAUUCAUCCACUCGUUCACAUGCAUAAGAAGAAGAAAAUCGUACAAGAAAUCGCAGCAAAAAUUGCAAGUGUACAUGUAAACCGACCUUUAGUGUUAUCCGCCAUUUCACCCUUGGUUGUACUGCAAUCAUGUUCCGCUAAUUUUCAGAAAUAUCAUAAAUUGGUAUCACGUUUUGUUUUUCAGGCUGGUAGAAAGAAAUUUCCCUCCAUGAAAGAUUUAGACGAGUGUCUACAGAAGCAGACAGCACAACGUGGAAUAAUGCCACCAAGUCUUGGUAGACCAGUUGAGAAAUCCUGUGCGUUUAUUGAUUAAUUAUCAAACUAGGUUAUCUAAAACACUGCAACAAACACUGAUUUGAACAAAAUUACGCAAUCACAUGCAGUGACUCGAGAUUUUGAAUAAAUUUACUCAUUUUUUUUAAUAUAAUAAAACAAAUCUUUACUCAGCAAAAAAAUUCGUUCAUUUGAAACUUUACUAAAAAAUUAAAUUUUCUCCACCCAACCCCAGCACUCAUUCAAAAAUUUUAGACCCACCGUAACUUAAUUUUGUCAAUUUCCAUUUUUUUUGAAAGCUAAAUUGACUUAUUUGAAUUUUGGAGAACAAAAAAGCCAACAAAUAUGAACUCUGUCACUUUAUCAUGACUGUUAUGGCAGGUUCAAAUAGAAUACUUUGCAAAUCGAUAUAUAAAGUAAAUGAUAUUUAUUCGAUCUAAUACAAAUAUUUUAGUAUUUUCCGACUUAAUGAUUUUUACUUUACCCACCCCUUGACUUAGUGAAUUUUUAUUCAACCCACCCAUUUCCACCCAUAAAAUUUUGUUUACCCACCCAUUUUCUCUUCAGCCCCCCCCCCCCGGCCAUAAAUAAUGACCGGUCCCUUUGUGACAUUAUUAACAUAAUAUGCACGACAAACUUCCUGAAUUCUGAUUGAUUUAAGAUUUAAUGAGGAUUGAAAUUAUUUAAAUUAUUUCACGAAUAAGAGCGCACGCAUGCAGUAAAUGAUUUCGUUCAAUUUUGACAAAACUGUGGAUCUUUAUAGUCGCUAUAAUCAUGCAAUUGUGUAGAUACUGGUCAAACAAUUGACAAAAAUGGCCUAAAACGAUGUAAAUGAUUUAUUUCUAUUAUAUUAAUAUACCUUUAUCUUAGUUAUUGUAUCUUUCGCUCUUUGGCUGAAGUAGGAUAUCUUGGAGUUAUGCUUAAUAAGACACCAUUUCCUUGUUAUAGCGAUUGAAGAAUGGGAGAAGACAGAUGUUAACUGGCGUGCUAAGUUUAAAGUGCAUGAAGGAGAGAAACACACUGAACACAAAAUCAAAGGUAAAUAAGACUGACAAGUCUUCUUUUGAUGGCGUUCAUAAUACAAAGCCUUUACUAAAUUUAGACGAUAACAUGUUCAUUUCAUUCUUGAUAUACACAUGCCAAGGUUAAGCCUCGCAGUAGCUCGGAAGAGUGAUUUUCAUUGGCUCAAUUUGACAAUUGCUUUUGUGUUUACAACAAUGAAUUGCUUCGUUCUUUAGAAAACCCCCAUCCAAUUGGAGACGACCUUCCGAGGCACUGCGAGGCUUCCCCAUACGAUAUCUAAUCUUCCUAUACUCUAGCCAUGCAAACCCCAAAACUCUUAUCUUGCAAUAUAAUGCAUUAGUUUUCAUCGUCGUGCCGAAUUAAGACGGACCUUUUUUCACCCGCCCUAUGCAAAAAUUGCGAGAUAAACUGACAUAUACAUCAAACGCAACCGCUAUACACACAGUUACAGUACGCGGUUCCUUGUAGUUUGCGGUUUGACUUUCAAACGAAAAAACUACUAAAAUCUAAAUGUCACUCUCUAUUCGCAUUAUUUUUCUUCCACCAAAUAUGCAUUUUAAUAAUUAACCGCGGGUGUCUCUCCCGUUUUUCAAUCCAUGAUAUUCUGGGGUGUUUUAUUUGAGCGACGAACUCGGAUGUGAAGUGAAAAAAAUUCAAAGGAAACGUCUGACAACUUUCGCUCGUGGUUUGACUAGGUGGUUCUAUUUGCUGAAUGUCUUAACUACUCUACACUAUUGCUUUAAUGUACACGAUGACUGAUAAAUCAACUCUCGUUGUUUUUGGCGUGUCUUGGUCAAUUUAGCUCAUUUUGGGGGAAAUAGAACAAAUUCCAUCUUGGCAGAUUUAAUAUAUGCGUAUUUGGCAUAAUAACAUGCACAACCAUACAUUAUCGAAGUCUGAACCGAGAAUUCACUCACUUUUUGGUAUGUUAAUUCUAGUUGAACAAAUGUAGCGUAGUUAGGGGCAAAACGAGACGCUUAAGCAGUGUGAUUGUCAUAAAAAAAGCAAGGAAACAUAUUAAAACACUUUUUUUACCAUUAAUAUGUUAAACGGAUUCUAGUGAACCAACUCAGGGAAAAAACUGUUCUUCAGGUAAUAUUGUGGGAAUUAUUCAAGAAAAACGACCGGAAGUAAAUGUCUCAUUUUGCCCCAUUGAACUGGGGCAAAAUGAGACAAAUAUUAAAUAUACAGAAAUUUUUAAAAAUUUGAAAAUAUUUUAAUGGUAGGAUAAAACUAAGGUUAAAAAUACAUUAGGAAAGUGGAUAAAAGUUUAUCUAACAGUCAUAGCAAAUGUCACAUAUUACAGUUGUUGGUGUCACAGAGCAACAACAAUCUUCAUGCAACCACUUUUCGCACUUGCAACACUGGACCCAAUCCUCUCCAGGCAAUGACUCUGUCCAAAAUCCAUCACACAUGGGAUAUUGAGAAUCUUCCUCAAUGUCCAUGUUAACAUUCUUAGCUUUUGCCGAUUUCUUGUUAUCAGUCUUAGCUUUCUUGGCUUUUGGCAGUUGAUCCUCAGCUUUCUUCGACUUCUUUUCUUUGGCAGAAAGUUUUCGUUUGCUUUUUUUGUUUUGUUCAGCUAUGUUCUCGACAAGAGACUGUUUAUAUGGAGAACUAGUGACUAUCCUAGACUCCUCAGAUCUCUUUGACUUCUUCUUCUCGGUGAGGGUAGGCAGUUUCAUUAUCAUUGAAAAGCUGACGUGGUCGACUGCAGGUGGAUAUAAUCAAAAUAUUUUUAUGUUUCUCCUCUGCGGAUAAACUUUUCAGCUUACCUUGCACUCGGCGAUUUAGUGAAUCCUUGGGAACCCCAAAGACAACGGCAGCUUUUCUUAUGGACAGCUCUUUGUUUUCUACUGCCAAGAUAGCAAGCUUCAUUUGCUCCUCUGACCAAUUUGCCCGGUCAGUCUUCCGUUUGUAGUUUCGGACCAUUCUAAAAAUAAUAUUAAGUCUAUUUAAGUACCUCGUCAACUGAUGGUGUCACAGAACUAAGUGAGAAAACCCAACUGAUGUGUACCCACAGAUUAUUUUUAGAUUGACAUAAAAAUCUAUAGUAAAUUUUUAUUUAAUAUGAAUUGUUUGAGCAAUGAUGCACAUAUGUAGGGUAGAAUGAUGGUACAUACAAACAUUUACUGCAUUAAAACACCACUUUGAGACACUAAUAUACAUUGUAUAAUACCCUUAUGCUACUUUAUAUACCAUAUAUAUUGAUUACAACAUUACAACAGAUAGCGAUAAUGCCCAUAAGCAAACAGAAGUGUAUAGUCUUGUAAGAAAAUCGGCCUGUCUCAUUUAGCCCCACGGCACUUGGGAGAAUUCAAAGGCUCAAAAUGAUAAAAAUAAAGAGCAACAUGAGCAAAAUACACUUUUAACAUGAAAGGCCACAUGUUUUUGUAUACAAAACAAAUGGAGUAUAUUUCUUAGCUGCCGUAUUUUAGACAGAAUAAAAAACUAUCUAAAUAUGCUAAGUAAUAACAUACCUCAAUUUUGAGACGCCAACUUCAGUGUAAUCCAAAAGAAUCGUUGAAUAACUUCGUUGAAUAACUUCGAAAAAUGCUUGUUUAUGAGCCCGUAAUGCUUGUGAUAAAAAACCUGCGGUAAUACGCCGAAAACUAGCAUUAUUGAGCAGCUGGGAAAUUUGUUGCGCAUGCGCCAGAUUGCCAUUGAAACUUGAAGAUUUCCCCGAAGAAAUAACGAGAUGUUCGUGGUUGUUGUGUAUUUUUGAAUGCCUGUUUAAUCUUUAUAAUUUUUUGCUCGAGACAAAGUAAAAUGUACUCUACGUUUCCAGUGUAUAGAAUAUCUCGUUUGUGUUUGAACAGCAAUAGAAUAUUAUAAACUUGACACAAACAAGAAGACAUUUGACACGCUAAUUCUGCAGUCAUGCCUGCCAAUCGUCGCAAGCUUGACUGCCUUGUCAAAAGCAAAACAAGUACGAAUUUGGGUUCAAACAGAAAGACGUUCAAUGUUAAUACCACUAACAUAUAUUCUAUAGAAAUACGGGUGGUUUAAAAUGUUUUCAAUUGAAUUUUUAAAGCUUUUAUCUAUCGACAUGAUAAUCAAACUGUGAAAAUGCCGGCUUUUGUUGACGCUUGCGAAUGCAGAAUAACUUCCCGUAAACAAAGCAUUUCUACACAAAACUCUCGUUUAGUCUUCUAAUGCACUUGUAUGUUCGGUUCUACUAGUUAAACAAGGAAAAUAUCCAAGACUGUUAUAAAAACAUUUCAGUGCUGAGGCAGUACAAGGACUUAAGGCCAAGGGCAAGGUCAAGUUGUCGAUUUCAUUACAUUUUCAGUAGUUCGAAUGUUUUCGAACUCUUAUCUCAUACAAGAGCAGUAAACGCACGCAUUUCAAAGCGAAAUUAGACGCAAAGGGGCAAUUUUUCAGCAAAAUUCAUUGUUAAAUUAUGUUUCCUAUGUGGCUUGGGAGCAAAAAAAUAUGAUUUUAAAUUUGGAGAUUUCCGUAAAUUUUUUUGCAAUUUGGCCAAGGGAGCACGCCAGAAAUAUUUGUAUAAAGUUAUACUAACCUUUUAAUUACAUGUAAAUGUUUUCAAUUUUCAUCGGCCGCCAUUUUGAAUGUUGAAAGCGGUGUCACAGUGAUACGAACAUCCCCGUGUUUUGUGUAUCCCCACACUAAUAUCCCUAGGGAUAAAAGUACCCCCGGUGGGGAUACCUACAACACUAGAAGCGAAAGGAUGCAAUAUUCAAAAUAUGAGCUCAUUUAUCUCUGCCUUUAUUUUCCGGUAUUAAGUAUUUACAUUUUUACAGUUAUUAAAUGCUGCAGUAAAUGUGUAUAAUGUGAUUGUACUUUUGUUGCAAGAUAGCAUGUUCGCGUCGCAUAAAUUGGUGUAGAACAUAGUGUAGAAUUACUCUUAACAUUAACUCAUAUGGCUCCGUAUUACUUGAUUUCCGACGUAUAUGACAGGAAGUUUAAAUAUUACAGAACUCCGCGAGUAUUUGCAGUAGAAAUACGAAAGUACCACCAAAAAAAUCCGCUUGAAAAGUUCUAUGAAAUCGAACAAUGUAAAAUAGCCAUAAAUUAUAAACUAGGCAUACUUGAACAAUGUAAACUAACCAUACCAUACUAUAUACAAUAUUAAAACUCGAAGAAUGUAAACAAUGCAUCACUAACCCAUACCUUUCGCCGAAUAUAACUUCGGCCCCUUUCAACAUAUCUUUUCGGUAUUAGUCUUGUUCGGAACACAAUCCAACACACUAUUUAGAGUGUUAUUUUCAAGCUUGUAUGUACAGUUCUGCAUGUUUUAUUUCCCGCGAAAUGUUAGGGAUACUUGUAUCCCUAGUGAUGUGGGAAUGUAGGGUGGUUCUUUAGGGAUACGCAGAACACGACCGCCAUAUUGCCGGGGAUACACAUAUCCCUAGUGAGGUGGGCAUGGGGAUACACAAAUCCCUAGUGAUAUUAGUAGGGGAUACACAAAAUACGGGGAUACUCAUAUCACUGUGACAGCGGUAUUAGCUUAUCGCAGGCGCAAUAAUUUAUGUUCAUCUUUGACAUUAAUUUAUGUUACACGAUGAUACUCCGAAGGGCGACCGAGAAAGAUCCGAAAUUUAAAAUAAGGCGGAGAAAAUUUCGGAUCUUUCUCGGUCGCCCUUCGGAGUAUCAUCGUGUAACAUAAAUUAAUGUCAAAGAUGAACAUAAAUUAUUGCGCCUGCGAUAAGCUAAUACCGCUUUCAACAUUCAAAAUGGCGGCCGAUGAAAAUUGAAAACAUUUACAUGUAAUUAAAAGGUUAGUAUAACUUUACACAAAUAUUUCUGGCGUGCUCCCUUGAUUUGGCCUGGUAUUGCACCCUACCUAUGUACUAACUGUGCUGUAAAAGUAAUCAAAUAUACUAUUUUUAAUUUCCUUUCAUUGAAAGGAUCUACUAUUGUGGACUAAACUAAAUUUUAAUCAGCAUACAAGGCUGCAAACAACAGCCAAGAAUUAGCUGGGUAGUUUGCAAACUUUAAAAAUAAUUGGACCUCAAACUUUGAUCUCCAGAAGUAAACAGAUAGACAAUACUGCGAACAUAAUCCAAGUUUUGAUCACGAGGGGCAAUUUUUAGAUGUAAAAAAACUUGUUUAAAUUACAUAUCAAACUAAGGCAAAACAAAAUUUGGUAUUAAAUUUUUGGUGAAAUCGUCAAAGUUUUUUGCUAUCCGCCCACGCUUCUACACCCCCUCUCCCAGGAUAUUCUACCUCAAAAAACAGUUUUCUGCAGAAACUAUGCUUUUUUAUCGGAAAAAUGUUUACUUUUCUCAAAAAAUACAUUAUAAACACGGAAACCUUAAAUAUUUAAAUAAUUUUCAUACCUUUUUGGGAUUGAAAAAAGCAAAAUUUGAUUCAUUAUCCCACUUUUAAAAUAUAUGUGAUAAAGUUGCUUCAAAAUCACCAUCACGCAGUAGCAUGUUUAUUUACCCUCAUCCUUUUGACUGAAUAAAGUUUAUCGUUUUGAAAAACUAUUUGUUUUAUAGCUCUUGGUUACCGGUUUACGUUUAUGUCGAUUUUGGUACCCAUAAGACCAACAAAUUGUGGUAAUCCGCGAAUGAAAAUGGACAUUCGAAGAGCACAAAAGCCAACUCCUAGCUAUGUAACUUUAUCGCCUGAAGUUUGAAUCAAUCCAAAAUUAAAAUGCUGAUAAUGUAGAUGCUUUCCAUACUUGAGAUGUUAGUGAAGUUUUUCCUACAAUUUAAUUUCCUUUAUCGCCGUCUUAAAAAUGCAAAAUCAUCAGUUGAAAUUUCACUCGUGUUGUUUUUUCAAAUUUUCGAAUUUUUGUAAAAUAUCGCGUGCGCCAGCAAUUUCUCUGCACAGCGACAACAAAUUUCCCAGCUGCUGAACAGGGUGGACUUCCGUCUACGCAUGCGCGAGAAACGUAAGCGUGGAGUGCACGUGAGCGCGGGUUAAUCGCGUGACUGAAUUAUAAAAACAAACAUCAAAUUUGCAAAACUGCUCGUGUUAUGAAGUCGUUUUCUUGUUUCUUUAGUGUUUCUACGCUCACAAUUUUAGGCAUUUCCAACUUAUAAGUGUUUGCUUUGGAAUAAGAACGUGAAAGUAGAAAUAAAAACUUUGUUGCAGCAGUUUAAUUUUGCAGUGCAAAUAUACCUGUUUUUAGUAUGUAUAUCCUUUUCGAAGUGAGAUAUACAAGUGCAAAUUGACCUUCUUUAAAGUCGUACUUGCCCUAUUUUUCACUACAUAAAAACUACUUCUAUCCGUGGAGAAACUAUUUGACUCCAAAAAUAAGCUUGAAUUUUUGUGGUGAUAUAGGCUCAUUUCUUUGCAAACAGUGAUUUAGUACUCGGUAGUGUAGUUCUUGUUUAUGAACAAGAGUCUAAAAUGAAUUCAACAUCUGUCAACAAAAAGGAGACGCGCUUAUUACUACUCUGUAGAGGAUAGACAAUUAAUUUAACUUACUAGGAACCCGUUCUACAAUAUAAACUAGAAAUCGGCCAACAAAUUGCCACUAAAUACUACAAUGAAAAUAGGGUCUCUGAACUACCAAUUUCACCGAACGGCCAAGUUUCUCUGCAAAGAUCGCCCCUUUGCCCAAUUUUCCUCGAGUAGAUCAUCGUGUUUUUAAGUCAAGGAUUAUGUAUACUUUAACAUAAAAGAAUAAAAAAAGUGGUGAUAAAGGGUAGAUUUUGAAUAAAAUACGAUUAUCUGUAUACAAGAUCUGAGCGUUAUUAUGAAGCACUCGAUACUUUCUCCAACAACAUAUUGCGCUUAUUUUUUUACAAAAUUAAAAAUAUUCACACAUUAAGGAUAUGAAAAUGUAGCUUGCAUUACAAAGAAAUGUUGGCUUACCUAAGUUAUACCUUACACGUCGAUUAAAGUCAAGUAAAGCCCUUUCAAAGACGCGUACCACAUUAAACUACAGGUCACAUGGCGGUAGAGAACUCGACGAAGUAUUCACGAUAUUUCAUAGCCAGCUUAAACGCCACUGUGUACUAUUCCUGUGAAUUAUGAUGUCCAACACACCGGGUAACACAAUUUACCACUUUGUUCGGCUGUUCCAAGUACACUUUUAAGAUACAAGGUCCGAUCAUAUCAUGUUCUUCGAAGCAUCUGCUCAAAACAGCACAACAUAAAUAUCGCCACUCAUCUUCUUCGUAUGAAAAUAUAAGUUUUUCUUUCAAUUGCUUUGCUUUAAAAACAGUCAAUAGGUUGUUGAAGAGUUAGCCUGCAAGUUCCAAAGAAAAAAAACCCGAUGCUUUCAAAAACCAGAGAAUCACAAUGCAGAAAACUUCAACAUCCUUAGAAAUUGUAAGCAAAACAACAAAAAGCAAAAUUUGCGGGAAAAAGCUCACGAGCCCGCACUAUUUUUAUGCAGCGUCGACAAAAGUCCACCCUGUUCAGCUGCUGCAUUAUUGAGCAGCUGAGCAGCUGGGAAAUUUGUUGUCGCUGUGCAGAGAAAUUGCAGGCGCACGCGAUAUUUCACAAAAAUUCGAAAAUUUGAAAAAACAGCACGAGUGAAAUUUCAACUGAUGAUUUUGCAUUUUUAAGACGGCGAUAAAGGAAAUUAAAUUGUAGGAAAAACUUCACUAACAUCUCAAGUAUGGAAAGCAUCUACAUUAUCAGCAUUUUAAUUUUGGAUUGAUUCAAACUUCAGGCGAUAAAGUUACAUAGCUAGGAGUUGGCUUUUGUGCUCUUCGAAUGUCCAUUUUCAUUCGCGGAUUACCACAAUUUGUUGGUCUCAUGGGUGCCAAAAUCGACAUAAACGUAAACCGGUAACCAAGAGCUAUAAAACAAAAGUUUUUCAAAACGAUAAACUUUAUUCAGUCAAAAGGAUGAGGGUAAAUAAAUGCUACUGCGUGAUGGUGAUUUUGAAGCAACUUUAUCACAUAUAUUUUAAAAAGUGGGAUAAUGAAUCAAAUUUUGCUUUUUUCAAUCCCAAAAAGGUAUGAAAAUUAUUUAAAUAUUUAAGGUUUCCGUGUUUAUAAUGUAUUUUUUGAGAAAAGUAAACAUUUUUCCGAUAAAAAAGCAUAGUUUCUGCAGAAAACUGUUUUUUGAGGUAGAAUAUCCUAGGAGAGGGGGUGUAGAAGUGUGGGCGGAUAGCAAAAAACUUUGACGAUUUCACCAAAAAUUUAAUAUCAAAUUUUGUUUUGCCUUAGUUUGAUAUGUAAUUUAAACAAGUUUUUUUACAUCUAAAAAUUGCCCCUUGUGAUCAAAACUUGGAUUAUGUUCCCAGUAUUGUCUAUUUGUUUACUUCUGGAGAUCAAAGUUUGAGGUCCAAUUAUUUUUAAAGUUUGCAAACUACCCAGCUAAUUCUUGGCUGUUGUUUGCAGCCUUGUAUGCUGAUUAAAAUUUAGUUUAAUCCACAAUAGUAGAUCCUUUCAAUGAAAGGAAAUUAAAAAUAGUAUAUUUGAUUACUUUUACAGCACAGUUAGUACAUAGGUAGGGUGCAAUACCAGGCCAAAUUGCAAAAAAAUUUACCGAAAUCUCCAAAUUUAAAAUUAUAUUUUUUUGCUCCCAAGGCACAUAGGAAACAUAAUUUAACAAUGAAUUUUGCUGAAAAAUUGCCCCUUUGCGUCUAAUUUCGCUUUGAAAUGCGUGCGUUUACUGCUCUUGUAUGAGAUAAGAGUUCGAAAACAUUCGAACUACUGAAAAUGUAAUGAAAUCGACAACUUGACCUUGCCCUUGGCCUUAAGUCCUUGUACUUCCUCAGCACUGAAAUGUUUUUAUAACAACGAUAAUUUACCAAGUUUCUUGGAUAUUUUCCUUGUUUAACUAGUAGAACCGAACAUACAAGUACAUUAGAAGACUAAGCGAGAGUUUUGUGUAGAAAUGCUCUGUUUACGGGAUGUUAUUCUGCAUUCGCAAGCGUCAACAAAAGCCGGCAUUUUCACAGUUUGAUUAUCAUGUCGAUAGAUAAACGCUUUAAAAAUUCAAUUGAAAACAUUUUAAACCACCCGUAUUUCUAUAGAAUAUAUGUUAGUGGUAUUAACAUUGAACGUCUUUCUGUUUGAACCCAAAUUCGUACUUGUUUUGCUUUUGACAAGGCAGUCAAGCUUGCGACGAUUGGCAGGCAUGACUGCAGAAUUAGCGUGUCAAAUGUCUUCUUGUUUGUGUCAAGUUUAUAAUAUUCUAUUGCUGUUCAAACACAAACGAGAUAUUCUAUACACUGGAAACGUAGAGUACAUUUUACUUUGUCUCAAGCAAAAAAUUAUAAAGAUUAAACAGGCAUUCAAAAAUAUACAACAACCACGAACAUCUCGUUAUUUCUUCGGCGAAAUCUUCAAGUUUCAAUGGAAAUCUGGCGCAUGCGCAACAAAUUUCCCAGCUGCUGCAUAAUCGUCUCAUUUAGCCCCACCGUCUCGUUUUGCCCCGACUUACGCUAUUAACAUCUAGCUCUUUUCUAUUAUUGUGAGCAUUAAUUAUUAUCUUAGCAUUGGAAAAAAAAAAUGAUUUGGGUUCAUUUUUUGUUCUUCGAAAAGCCAAAUAUUUUACAUUUUAAUGAUAAUGCACAACAAGUUUGCACGUAAUAAUAUAAACGCUUACUCAAAAACUUAUAUUUUGCGGCAUGAUUCAGUUGCGAUGCAUGAAUAAUCAGGAAAUUACGAUUAAUCUAAGGUUUGCCGUCAUUUUGGACUGAAUGUUGGCAAAGGCUUCUUGACUUUCAUCGACUUUGCACGUCAGAAGAAUCAGAGAGCGUCGGCACACGCAGUAAUGAUAAAUUAUUUCUGCCGCGAGCCCUCUAUCAACUCCUAAUCAUGCAGAUUAAUGUAGGCCAGCAUUUUACAAAAUCUAUAGUGCGUAGUAUGUACGUUACAAAAUGGGUAAAGUUAUUGGCGCAUUUGACACUGACCGUGCGAAAUUUGACUCCCACUACAAUAAAAAUAGAGCAACCCCACCUCCUCCCCCCAUUCAAUGUUGUGUGUAGUGUGUUAGACGUGCAAGGUGUUACCCAACAUUGAAUGGAGGGUAGGAGGUCUGAACAUGAAAUUCCGAACAGAAUGAGCAAGUAUGUACAUGUCAAUAAGAAAUGAUUUUUCUAUUUUGACUAUACGUCAAGUAUUUCUGACCAGGAUUUUAGCAUGUGUAUGGAAAAUAUAGCUUAAAAAUAUAAAAAAUACCAUGAAAAAUCUCCUUGCACAAGGAACACUCAUGGGAGUGGAACACUCAUGGGAGUGGAACACUCAUGGGAGUGGAACACUCAUGGAAGUGGAACACUCAUGGGAGUCGCCGAGUCGAGGCUUAAGAAACAGGAGUUUGGAAUAUAUCUGGUGUCUGUUCCCCUUCAUCAUGAAUAGACAAUCGAGAGGAAUUGGAGGCACGGACGAUUUACUUUCGAUUGUCUAUGCCUUCAUCCUUAAAGCCCAAUCAACCAACCACUAGUGCUUCCACGUGCAUUUGCUUUUUCCAUUUGUUUUUUUUUUUCAUUUAGAUCCAAACAAGAAGUCCAGCAAGUUUUCAAAGUUCGGAUUGAGGUAACAUUAAGAAAGUAAUCUUACUUCAAAAGUUUGCUUUCAGUGCAUAAAAGUAUAGAAUUCCAUGAUACGCGAUCAUCGUAUUGUAGAUUAGGAUAAAAGACUAUUAUAAAUAAUACGUGUUUGCUCAUCCAUGCCAACCCCUCACAAAAAGCCUUUGUUCGAAAUGUUCAAAUGUUUUAACCAUUUUCUAUAUAUAGUAGCUACAGGCGGAAAAAAAUUCCAUGCAUGCAAUGCAGACUUUAGAAUGGGGGAAUGUUUAUUAACUACUUUUUAACUACCCGUUUCGCGGUUAAAUUGUAGCAUUAAAUUCUGAUUGGUUAACUUUCCGACGUACUAUGUAUCGGUUGUUUUUAUACAACCGGUCCCUAAGUAACAGUUGGGGAAUAUACGAGUUUGAAAAUUUCAAAAUAAUGAACACACGAAUUAUUUUAUGAUCGAAAGGAAUAAAAAAUGUUGAAUACAAAUAAAAUUACGAUCAAAAAUAUUUUGUUAAUCUGUUAAUCUGUUAAUCUUUCAUUUAAAUGAUUCUUCUCUAUUGGUAUAUAUAUAUAUAUAUAUAUAUAUAUAUAUAUAUAUAUAUAUAUAUAUAUAUAUAUAUAUAUAUAUAUAUAUAUAUAUAUAUAUAUAUAUAUAUAUAUAUAUAUAUAUUUAUUAAAGAAUUAGUGUCAGGGUCAUUACAUGCAUUGCGGGCUUUUGUUAUUGUUUACAUUUUACUCAAAUACAACAAAUAGCGAUAAAAAUACCUUGUUUGGUACAUUUCUGAUAAGAAUAAGAAUCAGACAAAAAGAGCAAGGAUUAUAAAAGGAUGGUUUAAAUAUAUGACGGAUUGUAAACACUUUCCAGAUCAUCUAGUCUAUUCAUUUCGAAAAAUGGCCGCCAACAGGAGUUUGAGCCCGUGAAUUCCUGGUGUGACACUAAUCCUUUAAGUUAAAUGGUUUAUGUUUACCAUGUGAUUUCUUAUGUUCGUGGACAUAAGGUUAUUCGGGGCUGUGCGCGCAAUACAAUGAGCGCUAGUACAAUGUUGGACAGGAUCUUGGGAAUACGUACAAAAUAUUUUAUUGCUUUAGAAAGAAGAAAAAACAACCAAAUAAAAUCACUGAAGAAACCGGUCAAUCCGUCCUGUUACAAGAUGAUAAUAGCCCUCAAGAUGUUGCGGUGGGCAACGACGCAACAGAAUCGAACAGUGGUAAUGAAGAUGGAUAUUUAGAACCACUAGAUCCAGAAAGAGACAGUGGAAUGGCUGGCAACAACGCAAUGGGAAAUAAUGAAAACAUUUACACUUUAAAUAGAGGUACUUGUAUACAGCUGAUCUUAUCAAGUAUGGGUGGAGGACUGCUAGUUCUCUUAAGGAAGAGCUAGAUAUACGCAUCCACCGUUUGCUUUGCGAUUGUGAGUUUUUCCCUUCAGAGGAUAACAUUAAUUGAAUUAUGUGUAUAAAAAUGGUGUAAAUAUAAAGAUGUUUAACCCGGCCUCACUAUAUUGAACUAAAUGGACAUGUAAUCUACACAUGACAUCUCUUACGUUGCUUUUUUCUCUCACCGCCCGUCUUGCAUCCGUUCAAGCAAGGAUAAUUGCCUUCAAACUAAUCCUUGCUGGAUUUCUCUUUUUAGAAACUUGUCUUUUGAUCGAAUUGUCUUUUGUUGCAUGGGAUAAUAUCUCUCCGAUCAUUCAUAACUGUAUAUAUACGUCUGUUUCCACCUUUAAGCAUUAGACUCCACUUUAACUUACUUUCCUUGUAAACAGAAUGUCCACUUGGAAAAUCUAUUGCUCUAGAUUCCACUCUUAUAAUUUAAGCGGUUGUUAUUAAUUUUUGCAAUCAUAUGCAAAUAGUGUAUUGUUAUUGUCUUCAUGCAAUUCUUUGUCUUUUCCGUAUUGUUUUGCAACUUUUGUCAGGUUGGUCUUCAUAUACAUGAAACUCGUAUUCUGUUGACCCUUAACCUAUAUAUUUUAAACAUGUAUUAACGUUCUUAUUCUUAUACUGUAUUGUUGUAAAGUAAAUAAAUGAAGAAUAAAUAAUUACAAUUCCUCGGGAACCUUACCAUUACAGUUUAGUUUCUAGACUUACCUUGUGGAGCAUGUGCGCGAGUGUCUUACCCUAUUGGCCUGGAAAUUAAAAAAGUCCGGGAUAAGAGCUCUCGAAAUUAUGUGAUGUAUCACCCAAUACAUGCCCUAAAAUAUUAAUAUUAACGCCAAAAGAGUCGAAUGUAACUGUUCACAUUGUGCCAGGAUGCAUGAACGGACUUUAAUUAACGGCAUUAGAAUUUUAACGCCAAUGACACCUUUCUCUCUAGAUUCAGACCAAGGCGGUGCUUUGAACCAAAACAUUGCUCUUCAGAAACAGGCAGAAGAUGAUUGCAGCUAUGACAAUGACAGCAAUAAUCUAACAAAAUCAACCACCACAAAGGACCUGGAUACAGAAAUAAAUGACGAAGGCAGUAAUAGCGGCGUUGAUAACCUGCCGGGGAAUUCAAAUACUGGUAUUUAUAUGUCAUCAUCAGCGGUAAUUAACAAAAAUAAUGAGGUACCAGGUAAAGACAGUUUUAACCAAGUGCCGGAAAUCAACAAUGGUAUUUACAUGUCAACAUCUGGAACUACGCCUAGUGAGAUGCCAAGACGUGACGAAGGUGGUGGUGGCAGCAGUGCUAACAGCGGUAUUUACAUGGCACCGAACCAGAAUACCAACAAAAAUAAUGGCGGAUCAAGAUCUCAAGAAGUCGGUGUUGAUAGCAGUGUCACUCAGAAUGAAAUAUAGCAUUAUUUCAAAACAUUUUCUUGAAAUAAUUGUGCUAUCCUGUCGUAAUCUAGCAACAGGGAUGUUGCAUUAUCUUUUAUUGUUCUAAACAAUUACUCCAUCGCAAUUAACAAUUUUGUAGAGACAAUUGGAACAUUCGUAUAGAACAACAUGAAUCGGAGCGACGUUUUUUCCAAAUAGAAUAUUUAUUGUAAUUAACAUUUAGAAAUGUUUAUAUAUAAGCCUGAUCUAAUUAAAUGUUUGGUCAGUUCAAUAUACUUCUACGUGAUUAUAAUUUUACGAAAGUUUUAUGAAAUAAAAGUUAGACAUUG